UCAGCUUACUGAAUCGUCGAUAAAAAUUCGAUCUUGAUGUGGGGUCUGUAUUGCUGAUUCGGCCAUGAAUCUUCGUUCACGUUCACUGGUUGAGCGUCAAAUACGCCCGGCGGACACUGUAUUAAAUCGCCACCAAAAUAGCAGUCAUUGCCACUAAGUGAAAAUAUCUAGGAGAAGAAGCUGUCGCUAGGACGCCCCCCCUUUCGGAUUCACCCGGUGUUUUUGUUCCUGGCGACUUCAUGGGAGACUAGACCAGAAAAGAGGCGACAACGAAAGAGCGCAGCGUGACAACGUCGGGACUUUCAAGAAGAGGCCCCCUUGCUCGAAGCCUUCGGAAGGAGCAAGGACAAACCCAAGAUCGAGAUGUCGCUGAUGGUCAAGAAGCCGUUGGAUCCAGAUCCCAAGUCCGAACAAGUGGCAUCAACCUACCAUAGGGAGACAAAAAGACAGAAGAGACUUGUUAUUGAUGACUUAUAUCACUAUGAUCAUGUUGGGGGGAAAUCUCCUGCCAUGGAGCGGGCGGAAGAGUUUCGAGCAAAUUUGCCAGCUGAAAUCCCUAGCUUCCUGAAGACUAUGGUGCGGUCAAAUGUUACUACUGGAUUUUGGCUGCAUCUUCCCAUGCCAUUCUGCAAGUUGCAUAUGCCAAGACAUAAUAUCACCGUUACUUUGGAAGAUGAGAAUGGGGAAGAAUACCCUGUAAACUACAUCGUGGAUAAGACAGCACUAAGUGCCGGAUGGAAAAAGUUCUCUAGUGCACGAGAAUUAAUAGAGGGUGAUGUACUAGUUUUCCAGUUGGUCAGACCCUCCAUCUUCAAGGUACACAUUGUGAGAGGGAAUGGUUCCCAAGGGGCUUUGGGUCUGGAUGCGCCCAGAAAACAAAAUGAUUCUGAAAAUCGGAUGGACAAGGAAGUCAUACCCAACAAGAAGUCCCCGAGCUCAGGACCUGUUUCACAAGACACAUCUCCCGACAAUGCUCAAAGCAAAAGCUUGAUGGUUUUGGAUACAAAUCCCCCAUGCACGCCUGAUCAGCCUGCCAAGUUGGGCGACGUGGUCGGUCCAGAUGCCACACAUAGGACUAGACUCUCAAACUCAAUAUCUGCCAUUGAUUGCGGAGAGGCAACAAGCAACAGCAGUCUGACUGUACUUGUCAAUGGCACAGCUAUUGACUCUGACCUUUCUGAGUACCAGAGGACAAGAUAUUUGGAGCUCUGCUCCAGUCAGAAUGGGUUUCUGCAUGACAACCUUCUCAAGAGCAUUAAUUACAAGUUGGCUGCUGAGAUGAUUUCUGAGACGGUCAACAUUGCGGAUGCCGUUAAAGCUAGCAACCUCUCCACUUCAAGAGCGGACCUUGAGAUGUGGGAUAAGACUUUGGAGGGAUUUGAGCUUCUGGGAAUGAAAGUUGAAUUUUUACGUGCUCGGUUGGACCAAAUCAAGAAUGUCGCUUCGGAGUUAGAGAAGUAUCGAGAUGCUGAAAGCAAGCAAGCUUCAGUCAACGAGGAGAUGAGGAGCGUUCAAGUGAGGCUAACCAAGUUGAAGAAGUUGAAGAAAAGACUUGAUGCUGAUAUAGAAUCUCUGAAGGCGAAUGCGGAGAGGCAUGAACGUGUGUUCCAGGAGGAGGCUAGUGCUCCAUGGUGAUGGGAAAUCUGUAAGAAUGUACUUCUGUAAAAUGUUCUUUCCAGUAGUGGACGUGCUUGCAAGAUUAUAUUAUUUGGGCCAUUGUAAUUUAGUGUAGCGUUGCCGAUGGUUACAACUGGAUCCAUAAUGGCAAGAGAGUCUAAACAGAUCCAUGCUCCAAUUUUUUUUUUCUUUGUGAAGACACCAUUAAUAUCACUAUGUUUUGAAAAUUGAAUAUAUCACAUGGAGGGAUAUGUUUUGCUGC